AUGGCCUCUCGUGCUCGACAAUCCACCGCACGGCCAACGCCAACGCCGACACCAUCGCGUUCAGGCAGACAGUCGACAGUGCAGCCUGCACCCCGAGGUGGACCCACUGCCAGCAUUACAGAGCCACCGGAAUAUGAAGCACCACAAUUCCCGAUCAACCCACAAGGGCAGCGUGCUUUGGCCGCCCUAUCUCGCAGUCAUGACCUGUCCAAGCUCGAAAAGCGGUUCAAAGACGCGCAGACUAUGCUGACGCAGAGCGCGAUGGACAUCAACGAUAUUCUGCAUGAGAAGGAUGUUCGCAUCAAGAAGACCCGCGAAAAGCAUGAGCCAGGCGAUGACGAGGAAAGCGACGCAUUCUUGGAACAGCAGGAGCGAAGCUUGAAAUCCUUACGCGAAAAGACGGAAAGCAUGACGACGAGGAUGGAGGAGCAGAUGCGGAGGACUGUGGAUGGCAGGGAGACGCUGCAACUCAUGAAAGAGUCAGUGGAAGCCGCUCAUACCGAUGCUCGGAAUCAUGCGAGUACACAGGCUAGCACACAACCUGUACGAAGCCAGCGACGGCGAAGAACUGAAGGCGGAGACGGCGAGGAGGCAGAAGAGAGCAAUGGGGAAGACGAUGAGAUCCCAGACUUCCAGCCUACAGACCCAGGUGCGGCUGGCACGCAAGCUGGUCGUCCACCUGUCGAAGUGUUCCGCGAACAAGUCGACGACCGCAAGACCCGCUACCAAAUCCUGCCCAUGUCCGAUCGCUACGCAAGCAACGAAGAAUACGUAAACUUCCGCCGCGUGAUCCACGACGCCCAGUAUCCCGACGACGACAUCGAAAUGGCACCUCCCGAAGAAUGGUUCAACGAAGACGGCACAGUGCCACCUCCCGGUACAACAGCCCGACCGCGGGCCGGCGCUGACGAAGACGAUUCUGAUGAGGAGAUCGCGAUCAGCAGGGCGAACAUCAGCACAAAGUGUCCCCUGACACUUCGAGAAUUGAACGAACCCUACUCCUCCAAGAAGUGUCCCCACACCUUCGAGAAAGCCUCCAUCAUGGAAUUCCUCGCUAGCCAAAGCGGACACUGCCAAUGUCCAGUACCCGGCUGUAACCAAAUGCUCAGCUACCUCGACCUCCACGUCGACGGCCUGAUCGUGCGCAAGAUCAAGCGCAUUCAGCGUGCAGCUCAGGCGCAGGCAGAGGAGGGUUCUGAUGAAGAAGACGAUGAUGGUGUGGGGAACGGGACGCAGAGGAAUGCGUUUACGUUGCACUCUGAUAUUGAUGGGGUAGAGGAUGAUGCUACGCCGUUGAAUAUCAAGACGCAGCCGAAAUCCGAGCCGAGGCCUACGGGUGCGAGUGGUUUGCCGGGAAGUUCGCAGGCGCCGAGGAGCACGCAGGUGGUGGAUUUGGGAGAUAGUGACGAGGAGGAGGAUGAGGAUCAGACUAUGGAGGAUUGA